GAAGGUCACGGGCGGCGCGGGGCGAUGGCGGCGGCCGCGGCCGGAGGGUGCGGGAAGUGUCUCCUGGGUGGUCUGUGGCUCCUUUCCAGACGUUCUCCCGUCGCUGCCUUGCCCAGGAAUGUGGUCAGGAUGGGCAUCCCCGCGCUGGACACCCCCCAGUCCAGACGUUACUCCUCAGGAGGAAGGAAAGGCUUCAUCUCUGGCUUCGUGGAGAACAUCAAACAGGAACUGGCCAAGAACAAGGAGAUGAAGGAAAGCAUCCAGAAAUUCCGGGAUGAGGCCAAAAAGCUGGAAGAGUCGGACGCUCUACGGGAAGCCCGGAGGAAAUACAAAACCAUCGAAUCCGAAACAGUGAAAACCUCCGAAGUGAUUAAAAAGAAACUUGAAGAAAUAACAGGGACAGUUAAAGAGAGCUUGGACGAGGUCAGCAAAAGCGACAUCGGCCGGAGGAUAAAGGAGGGCGUGGAAGAAGCAGCGAAAACGGCCAAACAAUCAGCAGAGUCGGUCACAAAAGGAGGGGAGAAGCUGGGCAGGACAGCAGCCUUCAAAGCCAUCUCUCAGGGAGUAGAAAGUGUCAAGAAGGAAAUAGAUGAAAGUGUUUUAGGGCAAACCGGUCCCUACAAACGGCCGGAGCGGCUCCGAAAACGGACGGAAUAUUCAGGAGAGAGGAUCAAAGAGGAGAGGAUAUUUGAGGCCAAUGAGGAGGCCAUGGGAAUGGUGCUGCACAAAGACUCCAAGUGGUACCAGCAGUGGAAGGAUUUCAAGGACAACAACGUGGUUUUCAACAGGUUCUUUGAGAUGAAGAUGAAGUACGACGAGAGCGACAACGCCUUCAUCCGAGCGUCGCGGGCCGUCACCGACAAAGUCACCGACUUGAUAGGUGGAUUGUUCUCCAAGACGGAGAUGUCGGAGGUGUUGACGGAGAUCCUCAAGGUGGAUCCCUCCUUUGACAAGGAUCGUUUCCUGAAGCAGUGUGAGCGGGACAUCAUCCCCAACGUCCUGGAGGCUCUGAUCUCCGGGGAGCUCGAGAUCCUCAAAGAUUGGUGCUACGAGGCGACUUACAGCCAGCUGGCUCAUCCCAUCCAACAGGCCAAAGCCUUGGGGCUCCAGUUCCAUUCCAGGAUCCUGGACAUCGACAACAUCGACCUGGCCAUGGGCAAGAUGAUGGAGCAGGGACCAGUUUUAAUCAUCACCUUCCAGGCUCAGGUGGUGAUGGUGAUAAAGAACCACAAAGGGGAGGUGGUGGAAGGAGAUCCGGACAAGGUGCUGCGGAUGCUCUACGUGUGGGCCCUGUGCCGGGACCAGGACGAGCUCAACCCCUACGCGGCCUGGAGGCUCCUGGACAUCUCCUCGUCCAGCACCGAGCAGGUCCUGUGAGGAAUCAGCCGCUUCCAGGGCCCUUCCCAAACCUCUGGAGCUCCGAGCUCGCCCCAGCCUGCCGGACUGUGGGGG